UCUGUCAAGGCAGCAAUUAAUGAGGCAGCUGCAAAGUCCAAAUUUGACGUAAAUGCCGUUACCCACAUUCUUAGUGUCAGUGUCUUGAAGCGAAUAAGUUGCAAAUUCCGGAAACAUGUUGAAUCGUCAAUACAGACUGAAUACAACCUGAGGCAUUGGGGGGAGGUGUAAAAAACAUAUUGAGCAAUAAAUUUGAGUUGGUUGUAGGGACUUUUGAGUUGGUUUUAUUUGGAAUUUAGGCUCGUUCUGGAAAAAGAAACCAGGAAGACAGUUUGAAGCAACGCGCUGCCCGUAUUGUGUGGUUUUGUGUGUGCAGGGUGGACUCCGCCGCCGAGUGACAACAGGGGCCGCUGGCAUCGGAUCACCUCAGUGGGGGGAAAGCACCGUGUGUCUGCGCCUGGUCACAACCAGUGCUGGGAGAGAAAUAUCAGACUCCUGAAUUCAAACAAAAAAACAAGUUGUCUUAUUGUGAAUUCCUCCUCCCUCCCCUCCUCCAUAAUGGAAGAAGAACAGAAAAAGUGGGAGUGUCUACUGACUCCUAACUGUUCUGAAUGAGACACUUGGGUGGUGGAACUUGAGCACUGUCAGGAGUCGGUGUCAGUAACCGGCACGCUGGGUCUCUCUCGGUCCAGCAGGCAGCAGACAUGUGUCGGUGUUGCUGAAAAGAAUGAGCCACUGUAGAAAGUUGCCUUAUGAGAGGAUGGCUUUCGCUGCGACUUCCUGACUUCCCCAACAUUGAGCUGACUGAGUUUGCUUGCGGAAGGUUGGCGCUCCCCGGGCCGGGCUCUUGGAGACUUAUCGCCGGCUGGGGCAGGAGUUGAGUUCACCUCGUGGGAUGGAAGUGCAGGUGUUGUCCGGUUUCUUCUACUGGCUUCUGUUACCCCUCUCCCUCCUGGCUGAUGUCACCUGAACUAUCCAAGAAGAGUUAUGUGAAGUACUACUUUGGGUCAGGGAAGAAAGAUCAGUGGCUGAACAACUUGGCUUGCCUCUUUCGCUACAAUGCCUUGUCUCUGAUCUACCUAUUGUAUUUGUUGCUGCUUCCACUGUUCUUUGGACCCAAUGAACACACUGUGCGAGGCCACACGGGUCGUUUAAUCAAAGCGCUGCUGGGAACCAGUAUUCUCUUCCUCUGUGCACAUGGAGGUUUUCAGGUUGCUUUAUAUGUUUUGGCAGAUGAAGAUUUGUUGGGGAAUAACUGCAGCACAUGGGAAACAUUGUCCAGGCACAUUGGAGUUACCAGACUUGAUCUGAAUGAUAUUCCAAAUUGCAUUCGACUUGUUGCUCCAGAUCUGGGAAUAUUUCUCAUUAGUUGCAUUACAUUAGCCUUUUGUAAUCGUUUGACGAAGAAAACAAAGACAACAACAAACAAAGAGGCAGAGAGUGCUGAACCCAAUGAGGAGGAUGAUGAUGAGGAAGGUGUGGAGUUGGAAGAUGCAACACAGGAUGAAGAAGAUACAGCUGAACAGGAAAGGCAGAGACAAGCCCGUACAGCUGCACUGGCUCAGCUACGGGCAACAGCUCAGAGACUUCUUGAAGCUACAGGGAAAGCUGUGGCAAUUCUGUUUUUGGCUUUAGCUGGAAUUACAGUUCCAUCUGCUUUCUCUGGAGUUUAUUAUCUGCUUUUCAUUGGAAUUAACACAUGGUGGGCCUGUCACUUUCCAAUGAGCCCUGUUGGAUUUAAUACAAUCUGUGUUAUGGUGGCAUUUUUCACUGCAGGCCAUGUUAUCUGCCUAUAUAUCUACCAGACAGCGUUUAUCCAGGAGAUAUUUCCCCCCAGUGGGCUUUGGUCCAGAUUAUUUGGCCUAAAGGAUAUUAUUCGUUCAAACUGCAGCAAUCCUCAUGAACUUGUCCUCAAUGUGAAUCAUGCAUGGCCUGCCUAUGCAAACCCUGCAGUCCUCCUACUCCUUUAUUAUAUUAUAGCAUCACUCCUGAAGCUGAAGAAAAAGGCACCUGGACAGACAAAGGAUGGAGCACUGAAAAAUGGGGAAGAAGUUGAACUAAUAAACCUGGAACCUUGGUCAACGAAGCAGGAUGAAUCGGAAGAUGAGGCUAAACCAAUGCUGCAACCUGCCAAUGGUGAAAAUGAGGAAGGAGAAAGUUACACAUUGCAUAUAAUUAAUGGAUCAGACCAACCAGAUGCAAUUGAAUCUCUAAAUCACAGCACCACCUCUAAACCCAGAAAGUCACAAUCACCACUUCAUGACCUGGGACAUUUGAUCAUGCAACAAAGCUAUAUCUGCGCACUCAUUGUCAUGAUGGUUUGGAGUAUUACAUUCCACAGCUGGUUAACCUUUGUGCUUCUGAUUUGGGCCUGCCUUAUCUGGAUCGUGCGAAGUCGGAGGCACUUGGCCAUGUUGUGCUCUCCAUUCAUUCUGCUGUAUGGGAUCAUGCUGUGCAGCUUGCAGUAUGUCUGGGGAAUGGACCUGACAGAAGAGCUACCAACCAAAAUUGGCUUUAUGGACCUGACACAGCUUGGUUUAGUCCGCAUGGAGUAUCACUGUCUACGCCUGGGUGUAGUGUUGUUGUACACACUCACAUUUUGGCUCUUACUGCGCCAAUUUGUAAAAGAAAAAUGCAUGAAACAGAAAGAUGUCCCACUGAAAGAAGUGACUGUGGCUGAGGCAGGCCAAGAGAAGAAUGAAGUAUUGAAAGCACUUGGAGGGCUAGUAAUGAGCUUCUAUGCCAAAUAUUGGAUUUACGUUUGUGGAGGGAUGUUCUUCAUUGUCAGUUUUACUGGAAGAAUUGUUGUGUAUAAAAUUGUUUAUAUGUUCCUGUUCCUUCUUUGCCUCUCAUUCUACCAGGUCUGUUACUUUCUAUGGCGUAAGCUGCUGAAAGUAUUCUGGUGGCUGGUUGUUGCGUACACUAUGCUGGUCCUCAUUUCAGUUUACACUUUUCAAUUUGCUGAAUUCCCACAGUACUGGAAAAAUUUCACAGGAUUAACAGAUGAACAGUUGGCUGACAUGGGAUUGGAGCAGUUCAGUGUCAGUGAGCUCUUCUCCAGCAUUCUGAUCCCUGCCUUUUAUCUGCUCGCCUGUAUUCUACAACUACACUACUUCCACCGUCGCUUCAUGCUGAUUACUGAUCUGGAGCAUGUUCCGACAAAGGGAAAAGGGCCAUUGCACCGACUGAAAGAAAGUUCAGCAGAGCGCUCUAAGGGAAGACCUGUCACUGCAUCCCUUCAGAAUGGGGCAGCUGAAGACCCAGAAUGUGAGGAAAAUGAUCAACCUGCAUUGGAGGACAGCAGAUCUGAAGGAGAGCUUGCUUGCAGUAAGUGGGGUUUAGUGGUCGAUCGCCUCCUUGUACUUUUCUUGAAAUUCUCCAAGAUCCUCAACUGCAUCCAAGUGAUUAUUUGGAGGCUUCUUGAAUUGCACGUGCUGAAACUAGUAGCUCUGUUCAGUGUGUGGGUGGCAGUGAAAGAGCCAUCCAUCAUGAAUUUUCUCUUUAUUGUCCUAUGGGCAUUUGCUCUGCCAUACACUAAGUUCCGUCCAAUGGCUUCCUGCAUUUCUACUUUGUGGGUAUGCAUCAUCAUUGUCUGUAAAAUGCUGUAUCAACUGAAGAUUGUAAAUCCAGAAGAGUACUCCAGCAACUGCACAACGCACUUUCCAAAUGAGACUAAUCUCAAACCAGAUGAGAUCCUACAUUCUACACUAUACAGAGAACCAGUGGACCCAGCCAACUGGUUUGGAUUCAGAAAAGAAUUUUUCAUUCUUGCUUAUAUCCAAAAUCACCUUCUCCUGCUAAUGUUACUGGUAUUUGAGGUAACUGUGUACCGACAUCAAGAGCAUUUCCGCAAGUGCAGCCAACUGUCUCCAUCCAGCACUGGUACCAUCUUUCAGGAAAUCACUUGGCAGAACCUGGAUGAAAGCAUCAUCAGUUGUGCAAAAUAUUUCGCCAACUACUUCUUUUAUAAGUUUGGAUUAGAGAUUUGCCUCCUAAUGACAGUCAAUGUGAUUGGGCAGCGGAUGAACUUUCUUGUGAUAAUCCACAGCUGCUGGUUGGUUGUUAUCGUGACAAGACGAAAAAGACAGGCAAUUGCUAAACUUUGGCCUAAGUACUGUCUCUUCCAGUCUCUCUUCCUGCUGUACCAAUACCUGCUGUGUGUGGGCAUUCCACCAGCUCUGUGUCUAGAUUACCCAUGGAGAUGGGCAUCACCCAUCACCAUUGACUCCAACCUAAUUAAAUGGUUUUAUCUGCCUGACUUUGUGGCCCCACCCAGUUCCACACACCUUAUCUAUGACUUUCUAUUACUGAUGUGUGUAUCCCAUCAGUGGCAGGUAUUUAUUGAAGAAAGAAAGGAGGAGGUUAGUACCAUAAGUGGAGAAAAUACAGAUGAUCCUGAUCCCAUGGCUGGCAAGGAUUUGAAUCCCAUGCCAAACUAUAUAUACUGUCGAUGUUACCUGGACAUGAUAAAAGUUGCAGCCUUUCAGUACCUCUUCUGGCUUGUGUCGGCAGUUAUUUUUGCCACUGGCUCUGCUCGAAUAAGUGUGUUUGGUCUUGGCUACCUGCUUGCCUCGUUCUACCUACUUCUGUUUGGCAGAAGACUCUUACUGAAGCCAGCAACAAGUCGGCUGAACUUUUGGGAUUGCCUAAUUAUGUACAAUGUCACAGUCAUCGUUGCAAAGAACAUGCUCUCACUCCUGGCUUGUGUUUUCUUGAAGCAGCUCCAAAGUAAUUUCUGCUGGAUGAUCCAACUAUUCAGCUUGCACUGUACUAUCAAAGGGUACUAUGGCGAAAACGAAUUAAAGGAUCCAGAAUGUAUCUUGCCUGUUGGUGAAGCUGGCAUAAUCUGGGAUAGCAUCUGCUUCUUUUUCCUUUUACUUCAGCGCAGAGUCUUCCUCAGUUAUUAUUUCAUACAUAUAACAGCUGAUAUGAGAGCCUCCAAACUACAAGCAUCCAGGGGCUACCAGCUGUUCAAUGCGAGCACAAUCAAAAACAUGAAUUUCCACCGUGAAGCAGAAAAGAAGUCCAUAGCACAGUUAAAAAGACAGAUGGAGAGAAUCCGGGCAAAACAGGAGAAGUUUAGAAGUGGAAGGAACCCCAAAGACCACAGUGAAAAGGAGGCAGAGGACAAAGAGCAAGGUGCAGCGAAAGAGAAGUCGCAAGAGAAAAAGAAAUGGUGGAAUCCCUGGGUAAACCAUGCCAAAGUGGUCCAGUCAGGAGAUUAUUACUUGUUUGAGUCAGACAGUGAAGAAGAUGAAGAAUGUGUGCAGGAGGAAGAGCAACCUCUUAAACAAAGUGCAUUCCAGUUGGCGUACCAAGCCUGGGUAACAAAUGCAAAAUUGGCCGUAAAGAAAAGGCGCGAGCAUAAAAGGCAACUUCAGGAGUUUCAGCAAGCUACUGAGAUAAGAACGCGAUUGCAGAAAACAGGAGUAACAGAAGAACCAGAAGCAUCACAGCAGGAAACUUCCUUUAUGGAUGAUGCCAAAGAAGAAGGAGAAGAAGAAGAAAUUCCCUCUAAGAGCAAUGUUGUUCAGCGCAUAAUGGAUAUCCUGAGAUUUCUCUGGGUUCUAUUUUUAGCCAUGGUGGAUGGGCUGACACAGUGGUUGAACACUCUUGCUCGGCAGUACCUUGAUACAUCUACUGUCCUGUGGGUAGAACGCUACCUUUUGACUCAGAAACUUGCACGUGGUGAGGAAGUACAAGGACCUCUGGAUGGCCUUUACGAGACACUCGAGAACAGUGAUCAAGCACUGUUGCAGAACAAUAAACCUGAAGAAUCCACUGAUGGGGAUGGUUCACUUCUCAUCAAUACAUCAAGUAGUUCUGAAGAACAAGAAGAACCCCUGACGAUCCAUGAGGAUGAAGAUCUCCCAGAACCGGUUCCUGUUUGUAGUACAAAAUCAAGCAUCGAGGAAGAGAGUUUGGUUGUGGAUUCACUGGAACCAGCCUCAGAGGAGGUAGCUGUUCAGCCCAUUGCCCGCUCCAGAACAGCCAGUGAGCUGCUUGCAAGCAGCCAUUUUUCCAUUGAAGAAUUGGAAGAAUCAAAGAGGUUUUACCAAUCCCAGAACCGAUUUUUGAAACUGGUGUUUGCUGUGUAUCAUGUCAUUGCUGCUUAUUCAGAGUUGACUUGCUAUUUCAUCAUUAUCUUGAACAAUAUGAUCUCUGCCUCUGUAAUCACACUCUUCCUUCCCAUUCUUAUGUUCCUCUGGGCUAUGCUUUCAAUUCCUAGACCCAGCAAACGAUUUUGGAUGACAGCCAUCAUCUACACAGAGGUGAUGGUGGUCAUUAAAUACUUAUUCCAAUUUGGAUUCUUCCCUUGGAACAGCUACCAAAUCACUUCACUUAAUGAAGACAAGCCAUUCUUCCCACCACGAAUUCUCGGAUUGGAGAAGACAGAUGGUUAUGUUAAAUAUGACCUGAUUCAGCUACUAGCGCUUCUGUUCCAUCAGUCACUGCUAAAGCGGUACGGACUAUGGGGUGAUCAGGAAAAUCAAAAGAAGAAGGAUGUUAUGAAAGAAAAGGAGGCCACACCAAAAUCACAGGAUGAAAGCCUGGAUGCAGCUGCAGAUGAGCACAUUUAUGACUUAGAACCAGCGCAGGACAUAAAAAAGACCAGAUUCCAUUUCAGGAGGAGAAAGCAGGCUAAAGCAAAGGAAAAUUCUUCUCCAAAGCCCAGAAAGAAACGCAACAAGAAGGAAAAGGCAAGCAAGAAACUGAAAGAAUUUGGGAUGAAAGUAAAGAGUUUCCUCUUUAAGAAGGCUCAAAGCAUCUACAGGCCUCUACAUAAGUAUUUCCAUGACAUUGUCAAUACAAAAUAUCGUGCAGCGACUGAUGUCUACGCUCUCAUGUUUCUAGCGGAUGUAAUAGACUUUGUGAUUAUCAUCUUUGGAUUCUGGGCAUUUGGAAAACAUUCAGCAGCUGCUGAUAUUGCAUCGACUCUGUCUGAUGAUCAGGUUCCUGAGGCUUUCCUGGUGAUGGUGCUGAUUCAGUUCUCCACAAUGGUGAUAGACCGUGCACUGUACCUGCGCAAAACUGUACUGGGGAAGCUCAUUUUCCAGAUAAUCCUUGUCUUUGGAAUACAUUUCUGGAUGUUCUUCAUAUUACCUGCAGUCACAGAACGAAUGUUUAAUCAGAACACAGUGGCACAGCUUUGGUAUUUUGUGAAAUGCAUCUACUUUGCUUUAUCUGCGUACCAGAUCCGCUGUGGCUACCCAACUCGCAUCCUUGGUAAUUUCCUCACAAAGAAAUACAAUCAUCUGAAUCUUUUUCUCUUCCAAGGCUUUCGUCUUGUACCGUUUUUGGUGGAGCUUCGUGCUGUGAUGGACUGGGUUUGCACAGACACCACACUCUCCCUCUCAAGCUGGAUGUGUGUUGAAGACAUCUACGCCAACAUAUUUAUCAUCAAGUGCAGCCGUGAGACAGAAAAGAGAUAUCCACAACCUAAGGGUCAGAAGAAAAAGAAAAUUGUGAAGUAUGGAAUGGGAGGCCUCAUCAUUCUUUUCCUCAUCUGCAUCAUCUGGUUUCCCCUUCUAUUCAUGUCAUUGGUCAGAUCAGUAGUCGGCGUGGUGAAUCAUCCAAUAGAUGUGACAGUAACAGUCAAACUUGGUGGCUAUCAGCCCCUGUUUACAAUGAGUGCACAGCAACAUUCUUUAAAACCAUUCAACCAAAAGGAUUACGAUGACCUUUGUUCAACAUUUGAACGCAAUCCAGCUGCUAUGCAGUUUAUCUCGCUCUAUGGUUAUGAAGAUGUCAUGACUGCACAUAUAGAGGGAAGCUCAGGAUCACUAUGGAGUGUCAGUCCACCUAGUCGUCAGGCAAUGAUUACUGAAUUAAACAGCCAUAAUUCCGUGAUGACACUUCGCCUUAUGUGGACCUUUCAAAGGGAUCUGAGUCUAGGUGGAGUACAUGAACACGCAUCAGAGAAGCACACCAUCGAUUUGGAACCAAAUAACACUGUGCGGAAACAAUUAGCAGAUCUUCUCCUGGGAACUCGGAAGGAGCCAGUAUUGAUUUCACACAUGUUGCCAAAGUACAUUAGAGCUCCGAACGGGCCGGAUGCUAAACCUGUCGAACAGAUGUAUCCGGAACAUGAAGAUAACUACCUGAAUGUGACAAUGGAACUACAAAGGCAUGUUGAUAUGAAUGCAAAUGAUUCUGACAGUAUCUUGGAAUGGUGGGUGAUACAGACCAAGACUGAAGAAUGCAAACAAAAUGAAUGUAAUGAACUGCAGAUGAUUAUCUUCAAUGACAAGGUCAGCCCACCAAGCCUGGGCUUCCUCGCUGGACAUGGAAUAAUGGGUCUUUACGUCUCAAUUGUGCUGGUUGUUGGGAAGUUUGUGCGAGGCUUCUUCAGUGAAAUCUCAUAUUCCAUCAUGUUUGAGGAGCUGCCUUGUGUGGAUCGUAUCUUGAAACUAUGCCAUGAUAUCUUCCUCGUGAGAGAAAAUGGAGAGUUGGAGGUGGAGGAAGAGCUAUAUGCCAAACUGAUAUUCUUAUACCGGUCACCUGAAACAAUGAUCAAAUGGACUAGGGAGAAGGACUAACAGUUGUUGUUUCUUCUUUACUCUUUAUCUCUUUAUUUCAUUCUUCCCGUCUAUCUGUCCUUUUUUUUGUCUUUCUCUUUCUUUCUCACUGUUUCUCAACUUUUCUCUUGGCUGAGCCAAGAUGAAUGUGCAAAUUCUGAUUGAUGGAAGAAUUACCUCAGCUUGUCAACAACCUAUUUACCUGCUUUACUGCCUCUUGUUCAUAUGGGAGUUACUUACCCUCAUUGGUCUUAAUAAAAUGAAGCUAAUGUCAUAGAACACAAACGCUACUUGACAAAUUGGACUUAAAAACCUGAAGUGAAUUUAUGGCAAUGUCGUGUUGCUGAAGACUGCAUGUCAAAUAGGGGAGGAACUGGCCUGUCUUUUGUUUCCACUAUCUGCUUCUACCAAGAAAAACAAGGUUAAUGUUUUUUCUCUGAAAACUCUUUUAAUUUGAAUAGGAGCUACAGACUAUUUACCCACCAUAACGGAGAAAGCUAAACCUAUUGUCUACAUUUAUCAGAUUUGGGGAAACUCGUGGAAGAUUGACAAUACUUUUCUGCUUCCUGUUCAACGAAAUGACAAGCUGUUCAUAGUUCUGCAAUUAAAGUACAAAGAAAUUGAGACCUAAAAACACUAAUAACACAUUUUUAUAUUUUUUAAAAGAUGUUGACUAUUUUAAAACUAUUUUGGGAAAAGAAUGUUUGCCAGGAGACAAUUUAUUUGGAAACAUGCGACACUGCUAGGUUAGGUACAGAAUCCUGUGGGAACUCUCAUGAGAAGUUAAAGAAUUGCAGAAAGGUUGUCACACUGAGAGCAAGAAGCUGAAUUGAUUCAAUAAUGUUGCAUUAUGUUGAUUCAAUAUGGACACUGCAACAUCAGAGGAGUAUCAAAUUACUAUUUUCUUUUAUAUUCUGUUUAGUUUACACUUAGGAAAUGAUAUUGGGCUGCAAAUUCACAAAAGUUCUGAAACCAAGUGCCUCUGAUUCUCACUGUAACCUGACUGUAGGAAAUGGAAAAUUACUAUUUUGUAAUGACUAACUUCCACAGCACUUGACAAUGGGCUUUUGUGCAACAGGCCAUCAGCUACUUUCUGCUAAAGGUCACAUUAUAGUUGAUUGUAAUUACAGAACAUCCAGGUGCAUUAAUCUGAUUUUUUUGAUGUAUAAAAUAUAUUGGUAAGGGUGAAUGGGAAUGAUAAAGAUUGACGUGUUUUUUUCCAAAUUAAGAAUGUCCUUCGACUGGCAAUAGUUGUAUAUGUUUUCCUCAUUGUGAUAAUAAAAUCUGAUUCCUAGGCUGGGGAAAGAUUUAAUAGCACGCAGUCUGGUACUUGAGUUGAAGAUUGUUAGGAAACGUUAUAAAUUUCUUGUACUUUACUGCUUUAGUGCAAAGCAUUUUGUUUGUGACUGGAUGGAGUAACAACUUUAAAACAAGGCACUUCUAGUCCGGUUUGAGAAGCUCUGCCCUUUUUUAGUAUUUCUCAUUGAUUUCAAACUAUACAGAAAUGGGAUAUGUUGUACUAAAAUAGCACUCUUAGCAUUAUCAAAAAUUCUGUAAAGUAGUAUUGCUCAAGCAAAAUUUUAAGUAAUUGGGAAAGCAAAAAUUAAACACUUUUUUAUAAAGAGUUUAGUCAAAUCUUGACCUUUUGUUAAUUAUUUUGUGAGCAGAGAUUUGCAAGUCAAUAAUUGAAUUUUAACUCUUUUCUACACACGGCUUCCCUUUCUUUGCCUCCAAGAAAUGGAUUGAAAUUGAAAAUAUUCUUGAGACCUUGGUUUGUAAACCUAAAUGUGUCAAAGAGAAUAUGGUCAAGUUGAAAAUGCAGUAGGUUCAAGAGUCUGCCUACAAUGUUUGCAGUAGUAUAAUUUACCCCUACUUAUACCGCACAUGGCCUAAUUCCUAGUAGUUUAUUACUCCCCUUGAUGACCUGGUUAGCAAUGAUUCUGAAUAAAACCCAGAAUUACUUUUUAAUACCUGUGUUUAUAUAAUUCCCCUAUUCUAAACCACUAUGCUGCUUGGAUAUAGUCAAAUAUAUCUGAUUCCAUUCUGCACCUACUGCAUUCAGUACAAAUGUGCCAUUAUACCAAGAGUGAUCGAGACAUUAUCUUCUUUUAGUACAGGCUUUUAACUAUGAUUGCAUAAAGAUCAUGAAAGAGUUUUGCACUACCUGUGAAUCAUUACUGAGUGGGAAUGAUGGGGAUGGCACAGAUGACAGAUGAUGUGUUAAAUCUACAGAUUCAGUCGGAGUUAAAACAGGUCCUGCAGAAGACUUGACAACUUUUUUUGGUAAAUAUGUGAAAAAUAUGACAUUGUUUCACAUCUGUCCCAUGCAAGGGCAGAAUGUGUGUGUGAAACUUGAACCCAAAGAUCCAUUCAAUGCUUUCUUUUCUAAAUCAAUAAAUUUGUAUCUGGUCUAGAACCUGAAUCAUAGUACAUCAAUAAAUGUGUUUGUCAAUGUU